AUGAAGGAGAGGAGGAGGAGGAGGAGGAAGCAUGAAACAAUCAGCGCAGGUCCUACCGGGAGGACCACCAACCACUUUCAUACGACAAUCUCCCUCAGCCCCACUAUGGGGACCCUGGUGCUCCUCAGCACUACCAACCCCUUCCAUAUUACCCUCAGCCAGACCAUGACCCCGUUCCUCAACAUUAUCAACCCCUUCCCUAUUACCCUCCACCACAAAUGCAACACGUACAACUAUCUACCAAAUGUACCAACAUUUGAAGAUCUCAUACCUCCUGGAAUCCAGGAACUCGAGCACACUACACGCUCAAGGUUCAGAGGUCUCAAUCAAAUGCGAGGAGAACACCUCAAGCGCCAAUGGGCUCAUUGUGCAGCCCAAGUAGGCACCAAUGUUCCUGGAAUCCGCACUGUAUUCGUAUACAAUCCGCGCCGCCAUCCAGCAGAGAGCCAACGAGGGCAACUCAUUACAACUGGCGUCAUCAGGCCUACAAGCGAAGUAUCUGUUACAGCGCCAAUUCCAUCCCGACAACAACUACUGGCACCCAUUACACCAUCCAGCCCUCAGCCUAAUGCUGAUCCUGGACCCUGGCAGCUGAAGGAUAAAGAGCUGAAAGAUGUGAAGAAGGAGGCGAAACGGGUGAUGCACAGAAAGGUGCUCCUCGAGAAUGUGAUGCCCACGAUGGAACACAAUACUGAAAUGGCUGAGGAAGCAUUUUUGGAGGUGGCGGGACAUGUAGUAUCGGGCGUAUCAUUGACGGCCUCGCAAAUACUGGAUUGCGCCGAGACCUGGAAGCAGCUAUCAGGGAUCACGACGACCGUGCGUGGAGUCUUCAAGAAGGAGGCGCAAUGGCUCAUUCUCAACCACUAUUCUCUUUCUCUUGAAGCCAGAGACACAAGAUCAUUGACUGACCAUAGAGAGACUACUGUUGCCCCACUUCUCGUCAACCACCGCUAUCUCUUUAAAGAUCCUACAAUCAUGUCCCCUGUCAACCACCCCACCGUCAUCGAGACAAUCUGUAAUUCCCUCUGGACCACUCAUCUUCACGAAGCGCUCGACUUCGAUGAGCUCGACAAGUUCGACGACCUAUUCUCAAUCGGGGGCGCUGCGGUCCAUAACACUCUACUAGAGUUCCAAGACGGUGUAUAUAAGUCAGUACAAUUUUCACCAGCAUCUUUGUCGGCAACGGAGUACAAAGCAAUUCAGACCCACAAUACGAUCAUCCGCGACAUGCCUACGCUACAUGCUGCUUCGUUGUCCGUAAAGCAGAACAUGAUUGCUCUGGGGACGGCUUUGCAUGCACGUUGA